AUGUCCGAAGCCUUUGCAAUGGAUAACAGUGACAUACAGAGUCUUUAUUUCAGUGAUAGAAUCCCGGCCGAAAUAGCAGAAAAUAUGAAAGAGCUUUUCCCUGAUCACGGUGAACUUAGUUAUGAAGAGGUGCUACUGGAACAGGAAAGUGCUUAUUAUUAUUAUAUUCAAUCAAGUGGGCAAAACAUGGCCACUUCCAGCAGCAGUCAACCCAGCAUCAACAGGAAUCCCUCACUAGUACAAGAUGGUGAAUCUUCAAACAUUUCAGUUAUUGAAUCCCAGUUGGCAUUGGACGAAGCUUUGGCCAGAUCGUUACAGGAACUAGGUGAAGACUUUGAAGAUUUAUACUUGUCCGAGCAUAGUGGUCACAUAAUUGAGAGCAGAGAGUCCAUCCCAAGAGAAACGACACCUGUUAGAGUUACAACUCAGAAUGUAAGGCAAGAUGAUAUUGAUCCAGAUAAUAUGACUUAUGAGGAACUGCAAAGGUUAGGGGAAGCUGUUGGUCAUCAGAGCAAAGGGCUUUCUGAAGAUCUUAUUUCUCGGCUACCUACCUUUAAGUUCAAAGAUAAAACAGGGCUGUUCUUCAAGAAAAAAAACAAAGAGGAGCAUCUUAGCUGUGUGAUAUGUUGCUCGGAGUAUAAAAAUGGAGCUCGGUUGAUUACUUUGCCUUGUGCACACCAAUAUCAUGCAGAGUGUAUCUCGCGUUGGUUGAAACAGAAUAAAAUCUUGACACCAAAUCUGUGUUCGAUAUUUAUUUCUUUGCGAAACCAUACUCAUGUGCUCCUUCCUGCCCUGUCUGUCAAGUGGAGGUCAGUGAAGAGUGAUUUUGCAGAAAUUGAGCAAACAUCGGUGGAGUGGCAGAUCACAGUGAUACAACCACUAUGGUUAGCUUUUCUCUUCUGGGAGAAAUUCGCUAGCGAUUGA